AUGGCUGCCCUUGGCAGCGAAUACGAGGAUAAAGUGUGGAGGUGGCUAGUCCUUGGCCUUGAGAACACUCGCGACGAGUUGGCUAAGGCGAUCAGCGAAAACUAUUCCAAACUGCUUCACCUGGCAAGUGAUUUCCAGGACAUGGGGAAAAAAAUGACCGACGACUUUCAACAAAAUCAAAUGUGUUCUGCUCAAGAAUUGACAGCUGGUGUAAUUGAGGAACACACAUAUGAGGGGAAGACAAAAGACAGAUCAAGACCAUCCGGAAAGUCUUUGUCUCCUUUUGGAAUGUCAAGUUCUACUGGAGAGGAGAAGAAGUUCUUCAAGUCUCGGUCAAAUUCUGGAAGUACACAGUUACCAGAACACUCAUGCCCUGUUCCAGUCACCACCAUUAGUGAAUCAAGUCAAAAUGAGGAUCCAUAUACAUUUGUCAGCAGCCAAAGGAGUCCUAAGAAGCGUACUCGAAGAUCUCAAGCCCGAGGAGGAGCAACAAAAGGACGUGGUUCUCACUCUAAACCUGGUGCUAGCAGCCGUGGACAAAAGUCCUUAUCCUCACAUGAUGAGAAGCUGGCUGUUCCAUUGACUGUACUGAGGAAGCAUAAAGAUACCUUUGAUGAACUCAUGGAAGGAAUUCAACAUUGUCCUACCUCAACAUAUAAGCAGCAAAAUGGGAUAGUACCUAGUGCCAAGAUAUGGUCAUCACCUGAUGAUUCAUUAGAUGCAGAUUCCCCUCCCUCAGAAGAACUAGGAAGUUUGUUUGUUAGCCCCACACCAGCCCGCAUGGCACUAUCUAGUAGUGGUACUGGAGAGGAGGACCAUAUUGGUCCAGAUCCUGAUUUGGGUUCCAAAGACAAGAAGUCUAAGAAAGGGUUACAAAAAAAGCCAGCUGCAAUUCGUCGCUCAGGUCGACAGAAGAAAGAAGUUUCCUCAAAUGAUGAUGGAGCUCUGGAGAGUAUCAACUGCCUGUUUGGUGACAUUGAACAGAAUGCUCUCAACAGGGAAAAGAAAAAGGAUUUUCAAUCCCCAACUUUGAUUUCAUACUCUGAUAAAAAAAGGAAGGUUGAAGCCUCUCUAGAUGAAAGUAAGAUGUCUCUGUCCAAUCUAGAAGAAUCUUCUGAAGAAUCACCAGGAAAACAUCCUGGUAGGAGAGUCAGCUUUAAAGUUCCUGAAGUUGAAUAUCAGCCUGAGUCUGAAAGUGAGAAAGAAACAUCUCAGGAGGGUGUUAGAAGUGCAGGGUCUUCAUCUCAUAGCAAUGCUCUAGAUGAUGUCGGGCUUCUAGCUGCAAAUGCUGGAUGUCAGCCCAUUGGCAAAAUUCCAGAAGAUGUACCACCAAAGGUUUCUGAGAACACCAGCACUCAAUCCUUAAACUUGAUUUCAAAGAAAUCUAUUUUGUUUGCAGACAAAACAAAAAAGAUGCAAACACAUUCCUUGGAUAGGCUUCAGAACUUUGAAAAGCCUGGCUCAACCAGCAAGCAGAAGAAAAAUACUAUUGGAGACAGAUCUCCUGGCUGGUCUCGUCUUCCUUCCCUGAUGAAAGAUUUUGAAAGCAAGCAAAAGAAGUCACCAUCAUUGGAUGUCCAGCAUCGAGUUACUCCCCAGAAGCAAGACAAGAGUGAAUGCAUGAAGGAUUUAGGCCCUCACUGUCAUGUUCAAGAAGCAUCAAGUGACUGUCUAGUAGAGGAUCCCUCUCAAAUCAUAGAGACUAUCUCUUCAGCAGUUCCAAUAUCUGUUCAUCAUAAAAAAGACCCUAGGGGGGGAGUUCAAGAAGGAAAUGAAAGGCUGGACCAAUCCAGUGGUCAGUCUUCCAAUUCUUAUGACUCUGAAUCUGCUCCAGCAAAAUCAGUCUACAGUCAUUCCUCUAAAGUUCAAACACCUGCAUCCAAGUAUAUUGAAAAUGUGAAAACAUCUCGACACACAUUUGCCUUGGAUGCAGAAACACAAGAUUUGGAUGAUCUGAUUCUCUCUCAUGCCAGUUCUACCAUGGAUCUAGUAGAGGGAUUGGCUAGCCCAAGGCAGGCUUCAUUCUCUGUUGGUGUUUCACCUACAUCUCCCAUAAAUCUGCAUGAUAACCCCUCUCCUGUGAAAAAAACUCAAAAAAGGGCUAGUGCACAAGCUGCAAGAUCUGCUAAACAACUGAGUAAUGAUGUCUCAUCCUGUGAAACUAAUUCUUCAUCACCUGAACAUGAAGUCCCUUUUGCUAGUCGCUCAUUGAGGAGGUCAUCAUUGCAGAAGUGGUUGACAUCACCAAAGUCAGAUGUCUCUAAAUCUGCUACUAUCAAGGAAUCACCUAAGGGGAGACAUGCUUUGAGCAAUCUUGAAGCUCGCCAGAGUGGGGUAAGGAAGAGAAAGAGUUCUGGAACACCAGAAGCAGAAGCUGAGAAGAGUGGUGUAAAGAAGCACAAGUACUCUAGAACCCCUGAAAUGCAAACAGAAACUAGCAUGCAGUCUAGCCCUUCAAGGUCUCCCCCUCCACCUCCGUCACUUCUUCAUUUUGAUCAAGCUAUCCAGUGCUCUCCUGUGAAAGUUCUGCAUUUUGAUCAAGCUACUCAAUGUACUCCUCCAAGAAGUUUUGAUCAAGGGAUGCAGACAUCACCUCCUCCAUGUCUUUGUUUUGAUAUGAUGGUUCAAACUUCUCCUUACCCCCCCCACAACAUUGGUAUUCAGGCGACUCCAAGUGUUACCAAUAGCAGCAUACAAUAUUCUCCUCUGGUUACUCGAGUUAUGGGAAUCCAAACAUCUCCUUCCAUGGAGGAACGUGUUUGCAUUUCACUGGAACAGCUUCCAACAAAGAGACCUGAAGUGAAUGUUUCUGGUCAAGUCACACCAACUGAAGUCAUUAGUCAGGCAAUACAGACUUCUAUCCCAAGUCAAGACAUGGCACCACAAGCCAUCAGCCAGGCAAUACAGACUUCCAUCCCAAGUCAAGACAUGGCACCACAAGCCAUCAGCCAGGCAAUACAGACUUCCAUCCCAAGUCAAGACAUGACUGACGAUAAUGAAAAUCCUCCAGAAACUCAUCCCCAGAAUAUGGAAGAAACUCAAGUUUCAAGACUUCGAUCUGUACGAAAGACUCUUGUGUUUUCUACUGAGCAACAGAAACAGGCAGCUGUGACCUUGCCUGAAAAUUUCUCACAAGCAAGCACCCUGAGUGGAGUUCAUGCUCUCUCUGCAGAUUCCAAUGGUAUGCCAUUGUCAGCAUGGACCUUGGAAGAAGUCCUGGGGGCUUGGGAACCUCCAGAAAGCAAUAGUCGAGUUUCCAAGGUCGAGGAACUGCAUUCUGAGGAACCUGAUGUUAUCGAGGCUUCUCAGAAAUGUAAAUCACCUGACCUACCAAAGAAGGGGUCAUUAAAGGAUGCUGACACAGUAUUUAUCUCUGAGACACAUCCUAGCUCUGACACUGAAGAAGCAAUGCUGAAUGACAGCAUGCCAGCCCUAAUGCGGCAGCACUCUGUGAAACCCACAGAUAUGGCACAUUCUCCAGACUUCUUUCAAGAGCCUCCCACUGUCAGCAUCAAAAUGGAUUAUGAUAUGUUUCAAGAUGAUGUGGAAGAAGUAGAUGAGGAGCAAGUAUCCAAAAAACCAUCUGUGUCAGAUUCAAAGGAUUUCUUUAAAACUCCAACUCAGGCACCACCUAGAUCUCAAUCAAAGCAAGUGGACUUAUUCCUCAGUCUUCUUUUUAAGAAUUUUAUUUUCAGCAUCUGUGCUGACAGAAAUUUCAGGGGUCCUUUAUUUCCCUACAGGGAGAAUGAGAGAAAGCUGGUGUUCCUCUGCUCCUUAUUGCAAGGAGAAGCCAUGCAAGCAGUUGUAAAGUUUGCAAAAAUAAUAGGAGCUGAUAUUCUGAAUCGUUUUGAGCAACGGGUGACUCAUGUGAUUGUGCAUCAAGACCCAAAGGAAAGUGUUGCCCAGAUCACUUUGAAAUUUCUCAUGGGUGUUGCACAUCGAAAAUGGAUUGUCUGGUUCUCAUGGGUUGAAGAGUCUCUGAAGGCAGGGAAAAGCUUACCUGAGGAGAAUUUUGAGGCCUCACAUGCUGAAGGUGAGAUGGGUCCCUACCGAGCUCGGGUGGGGUAUCCUCUUCCAUUGCGGAAUGUCCAGAUAAGUGUUGUGGAACCUCUGGAAAAUAUAUCACGGCAGGCCAUGGAGGAAUUGAUCACAGUGUGUGGAGGCUUGGUGGUAUCAAGCCCAAAGAAUUUUGUCUCUGGACCUCAGAUUGCUGUUGUUCUUUGCCUUUACACUGCUGAUAUAAACUUUCAAGGAUUGUCUGAAGAAUAUCCACAUGCUUUGAUUCUUGAUCAGCAGUGGGUUUUGGAAACUGUUGCAUCUUAUCGCAUCCUUCCAAUUGAGGACUAUGUAUUAUAUCCUGGAUUGAUGGAUAGGAUUGCCUCCAUGGAUCUCCCAAGUGAAUACCUCAAUGACAGUUAUUUUGUGCUUGUGAUAUUCAUCUGCAUCGUGGAACUUGUUGCUGUGACCUUGGCCCUUGUUUACCAAGAGGGUGUUCAUGAUGGUUUGCGAGCUGAACUCAAGGAAGGAAUUAAAUUCCAUUACAAUACAACAACUCAGCAUACUUUUGAUGAGCUUUGGGACCGUCUCCAAACACAGUUUGGGUGUUGUGGUGUGGAUUCAUAUGAGGAUUGGUAUGGUAUUCAUGCAUGGCCAACAAAAAGCCAGGUUCCACCCUCCUGUUGCACACCAGAGGCACUCCAGGAUUAUGGACCCAAUAAUUGUGCAGUAUCAGCUGAACCAGGGCACUUCCACACUAGUGGCUGCUAUGAGAGGUUGAAGGACUGGCUCAUGGAACGGGUUCAUAUUGUUACCAUUAUGGGUGUCUUCUUGGCUGCACUUCAGGGUCUGUGGAAUAUCAUGAGUGCUGGCAUUCCAACAAAUUUUGGGCAUCAACACUGUGAAAAAGAGAAAAAAAUGGGCUCCAGUCAACACUACCAGCUGAAAUGGAACAACCACCACGCUAACCUGUCGAGCGUCUUUGACCAGCUCCUUCAGGUGGAGGCGUUCACUGAUGUAACAAUUGCUUGUGAUGGAGCAUCCCUCAAAUGUCAUAAAAUGGUGCUGGCAGCCUGCUCCCCAUACUUUCAGAAGUUGUUCCUCGACAAUCCCUGCCAGCAUCCAAUCGUGGUGCUGAAGGACAUCAAAUAUCAAGUGUUCCGUUACUUGUUGGAUUUCAUGUACAAAGGAGAAGUGAACAUAUCUCAGGAUGAUUUCCUCUCAUUGAUGAAAGUCGCCAAAACGCUCAAAAUCAAAGGGCUGGUGGAAUCCGACGAAUGUCCAAUGUCAACCCCUACCUCCAGCUGGCUGGGAAGUGGGGGUGCUUCCAAGGAGCUGACCUCAUCACCUGCCAGUCCUCCCAUCCCUGUACCUGAGUCUACUCUCAAAGUCCCCCCCAUUCCCUUGAGCCUUCCCAAUGGGCCAACCAAUGACCCUCGAAGCUCUCUCCUCCUCCAGAAUCUUUGCAUUCCUCGGUUUGGCUGCGAAUCCCCACACUCUCCCAGUGAUCUAAGCAGACACCAACGCAAUCCUACUUCACAACACCCCAUAUUACGAACAGCCCUCGGAACUCAGGGGCUCCCAACAAAUGGAGAAAAUGGAAGUCCUCUCAAUGAGGAAGAGGAUGAUGACAUGGGAGCCAAUAGUUACAAUGCUCAAGAAAGUUCUCAGAGUGAGAUGGUCAGUGCCUCUGAAGAUUCCUUGUCCAGGGACAUAUUUUCAUCACCUCAGGGACAUCCUUUAGAACUCCUUUCUACUUCUAUCCCCAUGGAUCGUUUUCAAGUGCCAUCAUCUUUGCAGUACACUCCAAUCCUUCCUAAGUCUGGUCCAUCAAAAUCACAUUCAAAUUCAUCUCGUAAAGGAAAUAGCUCAACACCCCGAGAGUGGAAGCGAUAUAAGCUAUAUGAUCGAGCCGAUUUGCAACGAGCCAUCGAUGUGGUCAAAUCAGGGAUGAGUGCAACUGCAGCUGCAAAGAUUUACGGGAUUCCCUCUCGAACUUUGUACGCCAAGAUCAAGAAGCUUGGGAUCCCAACGGCGCCGAGGAAGUCCUUUGGCCGUAUGGUGCUCAAUGCUCGACAGCUCGCAGAGGCCCGUGGAGGAGUGAAGGCAGAAACCGAGAAUGGGGUUUCCAUCAAGGCUGAGUUCCCUGAUCAAGUGUCUUCAAUCAAGCUGGAGUAUCCAGAUGCUCCACAUGAUGGCUCAGAGGAGGCUCAAGAUGUUGGUGAAUCACGAUCCACCCCCGAUGCUCCGGUGGUUACCUCAGGGCAGGAAUUGGAAGCUACUCAGGAGGAAGAAGAGAAAGAAGAGAUGGAAGGGAUGGAAGGAAGCAAAGGAGAAGGUGAGGAAGAAGAAGAAGAAGAGAAUGAGGAGAUGAGCGAACAAGUUGGAGAUCUCUCCACGUCAGAAGCAUGUCAUCCUGUGAACCUGGUCUCCCGAAAUCCCUCAAUUGCAUCUGCUGGGUCCAUGGAAUGAUUGGAGCGUUCUCUUUUGCUUUUAAGGAAGGGGGUUUUUGUUGAGAUACGUCUCACUCUUCGAAGUUGCAUUAUUUUUGGCAUCCAUAUCCAUAUCUUGUAAAGAAUCAAAAGUGCCACUUUGUGGCCUCCAUUCCGUGUGGAUUUGAAGAACCGUUGUGAUAAUGUUGAUUCCACUUACUACUUAUCCAUUCCACACCCUCCGGUCUUUGUCCUCACUCGGUUUGUUAUUAGGUUGAUGGCUUUCCAUCUUUUCCCCACAUUAUUUCCCCUUCCUACAAAGAAUUGCAUUUGCGACGUUCCUUUCCUCCUUCUUUGGAGGACUUAUGUGUGUAAGUUGUUCAUUUCUCCUUGUCAUUUAUUCUACUCUCAUUUGUAGAGUUUACAUUUUGCUUAUUCCUUCAUUUAUAUGCAGGUGCAGUACCUAAUCCUGGAUGAUAUUUCCUAUGAUUCCUGCUGCCUGAGCUCAGUCUCUUCACUAUUCCAUGUUCAAAGUUUCUACCUAAUUUUUUUUUUCUGAAAUAAUUUGUUGCACCUAUUUGUUCAGAGAGACACCAUCAUUAGCCUGACCAUGGCUAUAUCAGACUUUAACUCUGGCAGCAGGAGGAAGGUCAUCUGACUUAAACUGGGAUAUUAACAUCUCUGUAUGAGUGUUGAUAAUGCUUGGUGUUGCCUGUGCUUUCCAGGAAUCCUGUACCUAUUUUUAUACUCAGCGUGAAUGCACAGUCGAGUUUAUGAAAUCGUGUGAAUGAGAUUUUUAGGGUUACUUCCUCUCCUCAGGUCACACAUAGCGAUCGAUUGCUACUCCGGGUCCUGGCUGUACCUCCGCACUGCCGAUGCGAACUUUUACUAUUUUGUAGAUUUAUUGAGACCUAGAGAAUCCAUUGUAGGUCGGCUUCAAUCAGGAGAUGCUCCGCUUUGCUACCUCAGUACUUUGUGCAUAAUAGCUCUGGGUAAUAAUCAUCAUUCUACCUGAUAUGCUCAGCCUUGUAUCCAGGUCAGCUCGAGGAACUUGUGACGGCUCAAGAUAGAAGUGAAUUUUUUUUUUUUAGUGUGCCUCAUGCCAGAGGUAGUGGCAAUUUGAGUACCGGUAGUCGAAAUGCGACUCAUGGUGUGUUCCAAGUGCAAUAUUCUCUCUGAUUCUAUAUCAUCAACUUCAUCGACUCUUGUUCUUUGUCCCACUUGCUUAUUUCCUCCUUUUCCUCUUCCUUGUAUGUAAAUUAUUUACAAGUUUUUAUGAUUUAGCAAUCCAAUCAAAGUUAUUUUUCAUGUAUAUACAGAUAGAGAGAGAGCUAACGAUGGGAUGAGAAAGGAAUAGGAUAGCGAUCUGUGUUUCUGGACUUGUGCAUUCCACACCAUCACACACAUGUGGUGUAAUGUUGAUCGUUUGAGAGUUUUUGAAUGUUUAUCCUGGAGAUUUAUGCUAGAGUUUUUGUUGUAGGACAUUUUUAUCAAUUUACAUCCUAUCCCUCUGACUUACCCUUCCUUUGUACAAAGCUCUCCCUUUUUUUUUUUUAAUCUACUUGCCGUCCAUUCAGGCCCGCUUGCUGCAGUGUCCAGGCAAUUUGUGGGAAGUCAGACCGAACAAAGUCUCGUUCUGCAGUCGAACAUUUGUCUUUCGCCUGCCUGGAUGGACCGGAUUCGUUCCACCCUCUGUCUUUUUGAAUGAAGUCUUCCUGGAAGAGAGUCUGUCAUGAUUGAUUAUCGGGUGAGAAGUCUACCUCGCAGUCACAGGAGCACUCUCACUUCCACAUGCUCAGAUUACCUCCAGAUCUAGGGUGCUACUCUGCUGGAACCAGAUGUGCUGGUUCACAUGCUCCACCAAUUACCUUUAUCACCUCCUUGGUAUUUUGAAUUUUUUUCUUUCUUGUACAGGGAUAUCAAUUGCAUAAACUGAACAAAGGGAAUGAUUUAUUAUUUUCCAGAUUAUUGCUCAUUUCUUUCUAUUAAUAAUUUCGCAUUCCUAUGCAAAAUGUGGUAUAUUGAGAGUCUAAAGUUGCCUCAGAAAUGCUCAUUCAUGUUAUUCAACACUUCCUUUGCAUGGAACUGUUAAUGAGUGCUCAUCUGUGAGUCUGCAAGUGUCCCGUGAUCCCUGUUCAGUGUACCUCAGAAAGCAAUCAUUCCUUUGUUUCCAUGUCUCCAAACCUCUGGAUCAGUUUAGAUCCGACAGAGAUGAGUGUAUCUUCACCUCCAUAUUAGAAGUUCUCGUUUUGGAAAGAAAUAAAGUCUGGCUAUUUUAACGACA